AUGCCCCCAUUUCGAAUACAGUUUCGAGUUGGCAAACCACCCAACGAUCAACUUAUACCUGCUCAUAAAUUUGUGCUUUCGGUCGGGUCGGCUGUGUUUGAUGCCCAGUUUAAUGGGCAAAUGGCUACUAAAGACGAUAUUGUAGAAAUACCAGAUGUUGAGCCUGCUGCUUUUUUGGCGUUACUUAAAUUUCUAUACGCUGACGAGGUCAAUAUAGGACCGGAGACUGUGAUGACCACGUUGUAUACAGCGAAGAAAUACGCCGUGCCUGCGCUGGAAAAGGCUUGUGUUGACUUUCUUAAGAGAAAUUUAAAUAGUGAUAAUGCUUUUAUGCUCCUCACACAGGCACGGUUAUUUGAUGAGCCGCAGCUUGCGGCACUGUGUUUAGAGACUAUAGAUAAAAGCACGUCUGAGGCAUUGAAUGCCGAGGGCUUCACGGACAUUGAUCAUGAUACUCUAUGCGUUGUUCUUGAAAGAGAUACUCUUGGUAUAAGAGAGAGUAAACUCUUUGCACUUGAGUUGUUGUGUGAAACAUUAGUGAUGAGAUGA